AUGAAGUUUGUGCCCUUUCGUCUCCUCUGCAUCCUCACCAUCCUCUUGCUUGCCCUCUCGGGAAGCUUUGGUGCCAGGGGCGGUAACGCCAACAUGCAAGCCACACCCGACGUCGAGGAUGGCGUGGAUGCCAUGGAAGACGAGGCAGAGUACCGAGCACGCGUUUCGCAUUUUGAACAGCACUUCGGUCUUGGAAGCCGCUGGUUCAGCGGUGGAGUUGGAAACACAGCGCAAACAGUUGCUCGGGCUCAAGAUCACGUAAACAGCGCAGGGGCCAAAUUUUUGCUGCUUGCAGAUCCACUUGAUCGCAGAGGUCAGGACAAGGUGGCAUAUACUCCGUUUGUACGCACACAGCAAGGUCGGUCGCGGUACGGCAUCAUGAUGAUCAGUUUGACGCCGCAGACCUGGGGGGAGCUCAUCGGCGAGGGCUACUUCCCACAUGGGCAGAAUUCAGCUGCUUGGUUCAACCACUUCGAAGGCCACGCCCCAGUGGUAAAUACGGAAAUCCUCAGAGAUUAUGGCCGGUACGCUCUGACUUUGCUCUAG